AUGUCCUCAGUCGAAUUGCUAGGAACAGGUCAAAAACGACAACGAAUAAUGAUUAUUACUGCCGAUGAAAGUGUGAUUGAUCAAAUUAAAAAAAGUAACAAUAUAUCAUUUCUCGACCAGAUUAUUCUUCCAUCUGAAAAUGACAAUAGUGAAAAAUCUGUUCAACAUAACAAGGUACAAUCAUCAAAUAAGAAGAAUAGACCCAAGGAUGUUUCUUUGGUUUGUGUCAUUUGUGGAUCAUCAGCACAUGGAUACAAUUUUGGUGCGAUCACAUGUGAAGGUUGUAAAGCCUUUUUUCGUCGUCAUGCUCGAAAAGCGCCAACUGCUUUCCAUUGUGAUGGUAAAGGUGAUUGCAGAAUAACAGUUGAAACACGUCGUUUUUGUUCAGCCUGUCGUUUAGCCAAAUGUUUUAAUAGUGGAAUGCAAUGUGAUCGACUAUUGACGGUCGAACAAAAAGCAGAAAAACGUCGUCAAAUAGAAGAAAAUAGAAAGUUAGCAUUGAGUUCAAAUUUGUUAACAAACGAAGAACUUCAGCUUUCAACACCUCCAUUGUUAAUCGAUUUAUUACCAUCGAUAGACACAGAUAUUCUUCUCACAGAUUUUACUGAUUUUCUAUCGCCUCAGUCACAACAGACAUUACUCAAUUCGAAUGAUUUGCAACGUAUAGAAGCUGUAUCAUGUUGUUAUCAAAAACGUAUCGAACUAGCAGCUCGCGAUGGUCUCCCAUGGGAUCCAUCAAUGUAUUCAAGAACUUUUAUAGACGUUCUCAAUAGUCACUCCGUGCCAGUGAUGCGACUUUUAUCAUUCUUCAAACAAAUACCGGAAUUUGAUCAACUAAAUAUUGAUGAUAAAGUUACUUUGAUUAAAUACAAUAUUCGAACAGUUCUUAGUGUAAAUCGUGCGCUGUCAUACAGCCCAGACACUCAUGAAUUCAUUGAAAGUAGUUCUGAUGUGCAAGAUAAUAUAGAAUUCUAUUCAGUACUUCAUGGUUAUAAUACAUUUAAACAAUCAAAAAAGGUCUUUCUUUCAUUUUUACAUCUUGUAAAAUAUGAUAGAAAAAUCAUCGAAUUAGCACUUAUUGUACUUAUGUUUACAAAAGGAAUUUCAACAACAAAUCCUCAAGAUGAAAAAAUACUUAAUGAUACAAUGUCUGUAUAUCGUGCACAUAAUUAUUACACAGAAUUAUUAUGGAAAUAUAUGGAAACAGUGUAUGGAUAUGAAAAAGCAAUUAGUUUAUUUAGUGAACUUAUUAAUGAUAUCAUCUCAUUGCAAACAGUUCAGGAAGAAAUACAAAAUAAUAUAUUACGAGUAUUAUCACCAGACAAUACAGAUGAAUUACUGCCAAUUAUCAAAUCAGUAUUAUGCAUUUCAUAA